AUGGCAGCCGUCGAUUUCUUCACUUUCCCAGCAUUGUGUUUCCUGAGUCGAAAACAAACUAGAAAAGUAUUAUUCUUUCCCCGGGGCUACCACCUGGUCAAUGUGGGCCUGCACUGCUGCGUCACUGCGCUCUUCACUGCAUUCUGUCGCCCUCUGCUGGGUGGAGGACCGUGGAGCCUGUUGGCGGGUCUGCUCUUCGCCUCUCAUCCCAUACACACUGAAGCAGUAGCUGGGGUGGUGGGACGAGCAGAUGUGGGUGCAGCUUUUUGCUUCUUGUUGUCCCUGAUCUGUUAUGCCCAGUACUGCCGUCUCAGGGCCAGCACAGCACACUCGGACAGGGUUGAAUGGCAGACAGCGCUGUGGCUUGCUGGGAGUUUGGGUGCUGCUGCGGCCGCUUUACUGUGGAAGGAGCAGGGAGUGACUGUUCUGGCCAUCUCAGCUAUUUAUGACCUCUGUGUUGUGCAUCGUCUGAGACUCCGGCAAGUGGUAAUGAUGGUGCUGAAGAGAAAGAACAUGAGCUUGCUGGUCAGUCUAGCAUGGCUGGUUGGUUGGGGGAUGAUUCUUCUCACAGUUCGGUUUUACUGGAUGGGCAACAAGCCUCCAAACUUCUCCAACUCUGACAACCCUGCAGCCGACUCGCCUCACUUCCUGACCAGAGCGCUCACUUUCCUGUACCUGCCAGCUGUCAAUGCCUGGCUCCUCCUCUGCCCUGACAAACUCAGCUUUGAUUGGUCGAUGGAUGCCAUUUCUCUGCUCAGGUCCAUUGCUGAUUGGCGGAACCUUCAGUCGGUUUUGUUUUACUCGGGAUUCACUCUCCUGUCAUGGUUUAGCUUGAGAAACCCAUUACUACAGUCCUCUAAAAUCAGCGAAACCAAUGGAAAAUCACAUAUUAGCAAUGGAAAGUCUGCAACUAAUGGAUACAGUCAUAAUCACAAUGACAAUCACUACAGGGACUCAAACUCUUCCAAAAGAAAUGGAUAUCAUAAACCACCCAAAGCACCUCAAAAAUCCCUUCCAGCCACAGAGAGUGUGGUGGUCUUUUCCCUUGGGUUGCUGAUUUUGCCCUUCAUACCAGCCACUAAUAUGUUCUUCUACGUGGGCUUUGUGGUGGCCGAGAGGGUGAUGUACAUCCCCAGUAUGGGCUUCUGCCUGCUCGUGACCGUAGGGUUGAGGAGCAUGUUUGUUCGCUGCAGGUCGAGAUGCUCCAGAGCGUUCCUGCUGAGCUGUGCUGCAGGUUUGGUGCUCCUCUACAGCCUGAAGACUGUGAGGAGGAACCAGGACUGGCAGAGCGAGGAGAUGCUGUACAGGUCUGGCAUUGCUGUAAACCCUGCUAAAGCUUGGGGUAACCUGGGUAAUGUCCUGAAGAACCAGGGAAAGAUGGCUGAGGCAGAGAGAGCGUAUAGAAAUGCUCUUUAUUACCGUGGAAAUAUGGCAGAUAUGCUCUACAACCUUGGUUUGCUGCUACAGGAGAGCGAGCAAUUCUCAGAGGCUCUGCAUUACUACAAACUGGCCAUCGGGAGCAGACCGACACUGGCCUCUGCAUACUUGAACGUGGGCAUCAUCCAAGUCUCGCAGGGGAAUAUCGAAGAGGCCAAGCGCACCUUUCACACUUGCGCUGACAUCCCAGAUGAGAACCUGAAGGACCCUCAUGCCCACAAGAGCUCCGUCACCAGCUGCUUGUACAACCUCGGCAAACUGCUUCAUGAGCAGGGCCAGCACGAGGAGGCGCUGUCCAUGUAUAAAGAGGCUGUGCAAAAAAUGCCACAACAGUUUGCACCGCAGAGUUUGUACAAUAUGAUGGAAUAA